UUCUUUAUUUGUUUUUCCUUUUUCACAGUAUCGAAUAAUUGUUGUCACGAUUAUUAUUAAAAAAAGGAUUCUUUGUUUUUUUUUCUUCUGGGGAGGAUAUAAAUAUAAUCUCGAUUUCCGUCUCCUAUCGCCUCCUCUAUCUAUAAUCGGAGCUUCUCUCGUUCUUUCUGCUUCUGAAGGAUUAAAAGAGAAGACUUUGAUCUUGGUGGGAAAAAAACGAAAAUGGAAGGAAGUGUGGUUUCGGGAUUUGGAGACAGACACACCAAUGCGGAUGGGAAAGUGCUGCAGAGUUUCCAGAAGAGCUUUGUGGAUGUUCAAGACAUUUUGGAUCAGAACCGGUUGUUGAUCAACGAGAUCAAUCAGAACCAUGAGUCCAAUCAACCUGAGAACUUGAGUCGAAACGUGGGUCUGAUCAAAGAGCUCAACAACAAUAUCAGAAGAGUAGCUAGCCUUUACGGUGAUCUCUCUCAUUCUUUCUCAAGAUCAGUUGACGCUUCAUCAGAUGGUGAUUCUAGUGGAACACUUGGGAUAAUUAACCAGAAGAGAUUUAGAUCCGGUUAGAACCAAUGUUGAUGAUCAUAGAUAUUCAAAGAAUACUCAGAGCUAAUUGAUUGAGGAGAAAGAAAGAGGGGUUUUACUACUGUAAUAUCACUGUUUGAAUGAUUGUUUUACUACAAUAUGUUUCACCAUGAUGAUUUUCAGAUUAAGAGAGUUCUUAUAAUUGUGUUUUUUUUUUGGUUUACAUUGAAAACUCCACUUCUUCAACUAACUUGAAGAAACUUGUUGUGAAAGUUUACACAUUUCAGUUUAUGA